AUGAAUUCAUUGUCUCAGUAAUUUAAUCUCGAAUCGACUGAUUAAAACUUUUGUGGCCCGAAAAUAAAGUUGGAUGACAAUAGACUUAUAUAUGUUCAAAAACAGUCAUCUCAUGACUUAUUCAAAAGUUCACUGUUUCAAAUAUCAAAUGAUUACAUAGAAGUUGCCUAAACCCCAUUUCCUUAAUUUUAGUCAGCAAAAAAUAAUAGAGUGACUCGCAGGAUGUUAACAAGAAAAAACAAAUAGGAUGUUAAUCUAAAAUUAGUUGAUAACUUGGUUUUCAAGAAUUUGACAAAAGAGAGGUUAGUUAAACAGUUCAAGCGCAAUUUAUUUUUGCGUUCAUAUGUGAUGAGUUAGGAAUAUAAAGAUGUAAUUCAAAAUCAUUUUAAAUAUGAAUAAAAUAGCUCAAAAAGGGUGGAAUUUAAUUCAUAAGUGUAAGAUAAAUAAAUUUUUCUAAUUCCUGGGAGUAAAGUAACUUUGAUUUUAGAUCUUUUGUCUUUAUUAAUCAAGAUAUUAUGUCUCUGGGUAUCCCCAUUAAUAGUAUCCUUCAGACCAGAAUAUCAUAUUUUCAAGUGGUUCUAAAUAGGGAUAAUGUUUCAAAUAUUUAUUGAAAUCUUCAUCUAAACCAACAGGCCAAUAAAUAUUUCAGGCGAAACAAUAACUAAUCAGAAAAAGAUCCUUACUAACUAUUUGACAAAUCAUUUGUUUGAAGAUAUUAUUGAUAUCAGCUGCUGGGUCAUUUAGUACUUAAACAUCAAUAAUAUUUCUAAUAGCGUUGCAUGUGGAUUAAUAAUUUUAGUUUCAUUCAAAAAGAUGUUGAAAAACUAUUCCAAUUGCAACGAGACUAUGUUUUUAAAAGGAAGCUUUAAUUAUGCUUUGGAUAUAUUUACUUUGAUCAUCACCAUCCUUUCUUUUGCUCAUGUAAUGGCUUGCAUUCUUCAUUAUGUCGGAUAAUUGACUGUGAACACAGGUCAAUCAUGGUUAUUGAAAUACUAGAUUGACGAUGCAUCCAUAUGGGUGUAAUAUAAUUAUUCUAUUUAUUGGGCUAUCAUGACAAUGGUUACAGUGGGAUAUGGAGACAUAACAGCAGCAAAUUAAUAUGAGAUGUUCUUAAUAAAUUGUAUGAUGCUUUUAAGUAGUGGAAUGUUUGCAUAUUCCAUGAACAGCAUUGGAAUGAUUUUGAAGAACAACUAUGAUAUUCAAUAGAGAUAUAAGAGAAGCUUAAUACAGAUCAACAACUAUAUGAAGAAAGGCUAAUUAAACUAGACUAUUUAAAAUAGGGUAAGAAAUUAUGUUAAACAUUAUAUACAAACAGAAUUCAAUGAAAAUUAUGGGGAGGUUAGGGAAAUUAUUAGUCAUUUGCCUUCUAAAUUAAGAUAAGAAUUAACAAUGGGCAUACAAAUGAAUAUCAUGGAGAAGAUAUUAGUUCUAAAUCACAAUUUUUCACAAUCAAUUUUAAAAUAAUUAUCUCAAAAAAUAGAAUAAGUUAAAUACAUUCCAGAUGAAGUCAUUUACAACAACGGCGAUUUGGAAGAUUAGUACCUAUAUUACUUAUAAGAGGGACAAGUCUUAUUAUGUGAAGAGAGGAGCAAUAAAGUCUUACAAACCAUUAAGUUAGGAGAGACAUUUGGAGAACAUUAGUUUUUCACCGGAUUUCCAGCGAAAACGUAAGCAAUCAGUUAUGGUCAUUCAAUCUUAUAUCGAAUUCAUAGAAACUCAUUAAUUAAGUUAUUUAAUAGUGUAAGCAACAAGGAUUUUUAAAGAUUUCAUAAUAUUAAGGACAAUAUUAUCUAUUUGAAUAAUUAUUAAGUAAUCUUAAAGAAAUGCAAUAUUUGCAAUUUGUACAAUCAUAUUAAUAUCGAAUGCCCUUUAAUCACUUAUAGACCAGAUCGAUUUAGAGUAGUAAUGUAGCCGGAUAAAAACUGCUAGAAAGAAAUGAAGAGAAAAAAGUUCAAAAGGGCUGGGGAUAAAAUAAAUUCUUUAGCCAUGAAUAGCAAAGUAGUUGAAUCUGUAUAGGAGUUUACUUAAACUUAAUCAAUGACCAAUUUUCAUGAAAUUGAAGAUACAAAUUAAUAACUUAAUCCUAAAAUUUAUAGUGGUCACAAUCAAUAAAACACAUAAGGAAUAAGCAGUAAAUUGAUGAUAGAUUAUAAAUAAUAAAGCAAAGACUUUUUCAAUUUUGAUAAAUAAAGUUCUGAAUAAUAAGUUGAAAUGCCUCAAAGACCUCCGAGAAUUUCUAUAUCAGGAUUAUAAAAUUUGAUUAAAAGAAAAGUAAUACAUAACGCAUUGAAAAAAGAUCUUAAUAAAUAAUAAUCAAAAUAAUCUUUUAAUAGAGCCCCAUCCCUUCGAAAAUAGUAAUCAAAUGCGAGGUAGUCUUCUAAACAUCUAACAAAAGAUGAAUUGGAAGGCCAUCCGAGCGAAUUGGAUUAGAAAGAAUUUAAUUAACUGGAAUAUAUAUAAUCGCACCCGUAAUAAAUUAGCUUUUCAGUUGAUCACUAUUAUAACUAUUAAGGAUAUAUGUAAAAUGAUAAUCUCCUGUAAGUUAUAAAGAAGUAUGACAAAAAUAAAAUGAAAAAUUCGAGAUUGUGGAACCCAUUUAAAAAUUCUAAAAAUUCUGAUGGAGGCAUAUUUGGAUCAAUGGAAUACUCAAUUGUAAUGAAUAAAUGA